AUUUUUUCCUAUCUUAGACAGUUUUCAAAAUUGUAUAACCCGUAGACAGCAUGGGACCCAAAACACUACCCUUGGAUACACCAAAUUUAAGCUUAACAAUUGGCAAAACUGGCUCGCAACUUAAAGCCUACUAGGGUACCUACUACAUCAAAUGCUUGGGUCAAAUCUUUAAAUAAUAACAACAAUGAUUAAGAUUACAAUGAAAUGUAAACUAUGAAGAUCAUGUAAACUUAUGUUGUUCGAAAACAUUUUUAUUCGGAUACCUAGACUUUUGCUGGACGGCCAACUGUGAUAUAACCCAAAACAAGCAUGAAAAAAAUUAAGAAAUUUCUCAUUAACCCGAAACACAGGCUCGUGGACUUAGUGAACUUUAUUUCAUAUACUUUUCACAUACGCCGAAGGUCAAAACAUAUGUUUUGCUAAUACUCAAUCAAGAUAACAUGGCUUGCUUUUUUAAAUCUGAAUUUACAAGUGACUGCAUUACAUUACAAUGGGCAAAAAAUUCUAACAGAUCGAACUAUGGUGUGAAUAUUUUGAAAUGAUUUUUCGUAAAAUUGGACUUUUUUCUUGUGUUUUGCUCCUGUUAUAUGCUAAGCCAGUACUUUCUGAAGAAUGGAAAAAGUCACCUCUGAAAACUGAUGAAGCCAAGCAAACAUUUGUGAAACUCCUAAACACCAUAGUCAAGGUGAAUGAGCAGAGAUUGGUCACCGUUAAGAAAAUAGCUGAUCUUCAAGACUACAUGCUUACGAAGAAUAAACUGAAGACUGAUUACGAUUCGUAUGACUCCAUAGAAGAUGAAGACAGCAGAAUUUUAAUAGCUUAUGCGCAGCACCUUCCAAGAUUAAGAAGAGCAGAAAACGAAGCGAUUACCAGAGCUAUGUGUGACAACAUAAAUCUAUUUCGGCAUAAUAAUGGAAGAGCGACGAAGUUUCUGAGGAGUACUUGCAAGGAGCAAGCAAUAAGACAAUGUCUUACCGCCUGCAAGCAAACUUUAGCCGACGUUAGCGGCAAAUCAAAUUCUAUUCUCAAAACUAGAAGAGAUUUCAUCUCUUCUUGUAAAGAUAACUGCAGAAAUGCUUUCGAUAAUGAUUUGGAUUAAUAGUUUUCUAUCUUUGUAGUUCGUAUUUUUAUUUCCAA